CAGAAAUAGGAUUCAAUUGGCACUAUUCGUAUUAUUCCAAGCAUUUUUCGAACACAAUAAUUUGAACUUCAAUGCGGGGCGGAACACUUACCGUCAAUACAAUACAUUUCCAAUUAUUUUGUUGGCAAAAUGUUUAAGAGAAUAGCUACCAAGACCCAGGCUAAGGUAUAGCUUGCGAUAAUUUCUCCCGAAGGUGAUACAGAGCUCUUUGUUUACCAUUCAAGGCGUAAGAGUUAUGGCGACCGUAAAAAAGUGGAUCAUGUUGGACCGGACCCGAGUAGAAAGUGAAACCGCUCGGAGUUGUUACUAUAAAAAUUGUAGCAACGGUUGUUGCCAGCUCAGUUGUGCCGAACGCGCCGUGCCGCGUCAAACUCUCCUGUUACUGGACAAACAUGAACGCGCUAAUCUUAGCAGCAUUGGCUGCCGUGACGACGGCCAUGCCAUCGUAUAUCGCGGUGCCGGCCGACCAGAUAGCGUUCGUGGACCUAUCGGAGAUGCACCUGCACCGGGUGCCGCGGCAGACACUGUCGCCGCCGCCGCCGCAGCUGCCCCACGCGCUGUACCAGCAAGAGUACCAUCCUAUAACGUUGCAGCAGUUCCAGCAGCAACGUCAACAGCAACCUUUAGCCUUAGCUCCGCCGCCCGAGCCUGAGGCACCAGCGAGGAUCGUCAGACUACAGCAGCAGCCUCAAGACGCAGCAGGAUCAUCAACAUUAGGAGCUGCCUCCCAAUACGCCGAAAGGCCUCCGGAUUUCGGCGAAUACGUCGACUUCGGCGCCCACACCGGCGACAAUGGGGCCUUCGGCUGGUACGCUGACUACCCAAUCAAUAAUCAUCACGAUUCUUACAGAAAGUAGGUGAAAUCAAGUCCGAGUUUCUGAAAAUGUUGAACCCACUUGUUAACAGUAACUAGAAAGUUCCGUUACCAAAAUAUUUUUAUACAAUCGUAUUUAUUUGAGUGGGUUUCCUUACCAACAUUCUAUUCUCUCGGACAGCUAAAAUUAUUGCCAAAACGAGGCUCAUCCUUGCACUAUUAAUGCCAAGCACUUUGUUAAUUAAAUGACCAAAGACAGUAUUAUUUCAGUGAUAUUUAGUUUAGGUAUAGCUGAAUAACCGCACAUUUGUUAAAAACGGUUUAUUCCGCUUAACGUUACAACGCACAAUGAACGUUAGUUCUUAGAGAUAAGGUUUAAAGUACACUGUGAUACGUACUCAGGUAGUUCCUUCUUCUUUUGUAUCUCGCACUUCACUACUGCUUGCUUCCCACGCUUGAAUUUUUAGAAAACUUAUCGCAUGUAAACUUUUUUCAUCACUAUUCUCUUCUGCAUCUUCUUCAUUACUUCUGAUUCUGUUCUCUUCUUUAUCACUCUGUUCUAUUUCUGUAUUUCUAUCUUUAUUUACAAAUAUAAACUGUUACAUU